AGUGUGAACUGCCAUGCCAAGAAACUAACUUAAUCCGAACAUAUUCGGCUCAGGUUGGAUCUGGAGGACGAGAGUCCUUUUCAUUUUAUAGUGUUAGCCAUUGCAACACUCCGCUGGCAGCCAUCAGGAGAAGAGGAUUGGCCAGCUGAGAGCUCCUCGCUGUGCGAGUCGCAAGCGAGGGGAACCGGAGGCUGUCGAUCCAGGCGGGUGCCUUGAGCGACGCGAAUUUCUUCGCGACCGAGAGGAAAUCUUGGAGGAAGAAUGCAUCGCUGCUAUGGCUUGCCUGGCUUGGCCGCCAUUGCUCUUAUGUUGCUAUUGGCAACAUGCUCUGCCACAGGCGAGGGCUUAGAGGACGGUGUCAAGAAGAGGAGUGGCGGAGCACAGAAGGUCGCAGUUCCCGCUGACUCUCGCCACGACGACGCCGCAACGCCAGCAAAGCCAUCCACCCACGAGGCCGCCCCAACCAAGAGAGUAGGCACUGCAAGGGUGAAUGAUCCCGCACAACCACCCGCACUUCACCAGCGCUCGGACGAUUCCAAGCCGAGGAACGUGAUCAGAUCCGACGGCGGCAAAGACUCUGACGACUUGGACGACAGUGGGACACCGAACUCGCACGCCAAACUGGCGUUCCUGUGUAUCUCCAUAGUCGUCAUCGGCUGUGUGCUCAUCUUGCUCAUCAUCGGUCUCUACGUUCCCAUGGCCAUCAAGCGCAUACGCACACGCGACCAGACGGCGCAGUAUCGAGCGCUGCGAUUGGCCUAGGUUUGGGGUUCUUUAUUCUCUAGGUUGCCACGGAGAUGCGAUCGAUGGGCGUUGGAUGUGACGUGAGUUGCACUUGGCUGGCGACGGCUGGUAGUUUCCUGUGACGAUUUCUAUGUUUCUAUUUCUGUGACGAUUUCUAUGACUAUUUUAAAGGAACUUGAAAAUAUUUUUACCCCGAACCAAACUGUGCUAAAGGCGCACUUGAAGCUGUCUCAUUACGACAAUAGCCGCGGGGCAGAUUGAGUAGUAUUUUGUAUGUGUGUUUUUUUAACACCAAAAGAAGCCGAUGCAAAUCAUUUCUAUCUAUCUUUCACAGUGGGUUUUUUAUUUUACUUAUUAUUCUCACCCUACGUAUCACCCUUACAGGGCCCGGAAGGCCCAUCAUUCAUACAGUUGAAACCCGGACCUCGGACCAGGUGGUGCGAGCCUGA